AUGUCUGACCCCAACAACGUUAUCGAGCAGUUGCUCGAAGCAAUUAAACAGCACCCUUGUGUUUAUGACACCAAGCGACUAGAUUUCCGCGACCAGCAGCGCAAGCUAAACCCUUGGGAGGAGAUCAGGAAGAGCAGCGGUCUCGCCACAGUGGAAGAAUGCCACAAGCUGUGGAAGCGGUUAAGGGACCGGUUCACCCGCGAGUUCAAAGUCAUCGAGCUCGCGACGAGGAGCGGCAGCGGAUACGUGCCGAGGCAAACGUGGGAGUUCGCCGCUGCCAUGGAAUUCUACAAGACGUGUGGCCGUCCAAGAAAAACAAUCAGCAACGUGGGCUCAGGGGGCCUACCAGGAGACGAAGAUAGCGCCUCCACUGCAGAGGCAAUUUUCAACACGAUGCAGGGUGAAAUGACAACGCCGCCACCCGCCAGGAGCAACGACAUUACACCGGAAGCCCCAGCAGAAACUCAUUGGGAAGCUGCUUGCCAGGAAGAUCGCACGGUGGGAGAGCCACCCUCAAAACGAUCUAAAAAGUCGCAAAGUUGUGAUUACAUUGAGCAGCAGCUCCUUUCCCAACUUGGCAAGCAGAUAACUGAAAAUGAGGCAUUUGCACAGUCUGUAGCCAUGAGCCUUGACAGAAUGCCAAGGGCAGUUGCUUCUAGGUGCAAGGCAAGAAUAAUGGGGCUCAUCGCCGAAUUUGAUGAACUUUAG